AUGGUGAAUUCUACGGUGAUCACCACGGCGACCAAGGCUGCCUUCCUGCACUCAGACCCACUCUACUUGGUCCUCUUAUCUCUCCUGCUCAUCUGUUUCUGCAUCUUCAUCGUCUUCAUGGUGAUAAUCCUAAGUGUCUACUUCACGUCUUCUCACAUGCAGGAUGAACCUCGCUACAUCCUCUUCAUCCACAUGCUCAUUAAUGACGCAGUGUAUCUUAUUGUAGUCAUCUCAGUCUUCUUCGUGUCAGCGUAUUUAAUUUAUUCCCCUGUUCCGGUUUGCUACAUACUGGUCAUAAUGUCCUCCUUGGGUUUAGCGGUGACUCCGGUCAACCUCGCGGUCAUGUGCCUGGAGCGGUACAUUGCCAUCUGUUUCCCGCUACGGCACGCAUUGAUUUGCACCAGACAGAAGUCGUUUUGGGCCAUUGCGGUGAUUUGGAUGAUUGGACUGACACCUAAUUUCACCGAUUUCAUUAUUUUGUGCUUUUCAGUGGAACAAGACUUUUUUUCUGUUUAUUGUCUGUGCGCAAAAUCCGUAUUUAUAAGAAGCCAAGCCCAAAGCACCUUGUGGUCCCUGACUUAUGCCUUAACGUUUUCCCUGGUGGGGCUGAUCAUCGUCUUCACCUACAUCAAGAUCAUGCUGGUGGCUGUGAAGCUAGACUCAGGGAAGGCUUCUGCUUCCAAGGCUGGGAGAACUGUCAUACUCCAUGUUCUUCAGCUCCUCCUGUGCCUGACCGCUUUCUCUUACCCCCUGACAGAAGCAUAUCUCCGCAAAUAUCUUUACAUGUUACCUUUCAUCAACUUUUUCUUUUUCAUUUGUCUCCCACGGUGCAUUAGUCCCUUAAUAUAUGGGGUAAGAGAUGAAGUGUUCGGAAGAUGCAUAAAGAGAUUGGUGCUUUGUGAGCGCCUUAGGACAAUCCCAAAUGUAGCGGCAGCAUAA